AUGUUCAAGAUUGCCUUCCCCUGGGCAAAAUUGGAGGAGGAGCGGUCUGAGCGCGAAUAUGUGAAAGCUCGUAAGGAAACCAGCGAAGAUGAAAUUGCCGGAAAUGUGUGGAUCUCGCCAAUCCUAGCUCUCGAGUUAGCAAAGGAGUAUCAGAUGUAUGAUUGGGUACGAGCAUUGCUUGAUCCCACCGAGAUUGUACAGACCCCAUCCAGUACGAAGAAGCACAUGCAGAUCACCCCACCCCCUCGAUUUGAUUUGCCUCCAAUUGAAGCACCAGCCCAGCUUACUGCGGCGCCGCGCCUGCGAAGAGGCCGGUCUGCUUCUCCCAGCAAAAAGCUCGCUUCGCCACAAAAGCUCGCUUCCCCGCGGAAACCUAGGAGCACGAGAGCCAGGGAAUCCAAGGAAGCUCAGGAUGUGAAGGAGGUGAAGGAGGCAAGCAUUGUGGCGACCAGUGAGGCCAAUGCAAACCUUCAGUCUGCCUUGGAUGCUACAGCCGAGGCCGGAUCAGUCAAUGGCACCAUCCAACCCAGCGUAGAACGCGAUGAGGAGAGAGUGGCACCUACUCCUAAGAAGUCUGCUUCAACACCAAAGCCCACGAAGACACCCAGAGCUACCCGGGCGAAGGAGCCUAAGGGGCUUAAGGAGCUCAAAGAGGUUGAGGAGGUCGAGGAGGUCGUGGAGACCAAGGAAACCAAGGACACCAAGGAGGAGAAUGUCAAAGUGGAUGUUCAAACUAAUGCCGACGAAGCCAAGGAUGUACAAACGACCCAGACCACCGUCUCGGUGGAAGUGCCUAUUUCUCUCCUUCCUGAUGCACCAUCUGCGGAAGAUACCGAACAAAUGAUUGCCAAGGCUAAGGAAAUGGUAGAAGAGGCUGCCAAGCUUCAGAGCACAGAUGAGGAGCCCGUGCCAUCGUCAUCAAAGGCUGCUAAGAAGCGCAACAUCGAAGAAGCGCUCAGUGAUGACGAGGAGGACGAAGAAACAAAGGCCCUGCGCACCAAGCGGGCAAAGGUCUUGGAAGAGAAGUUGAAGCGUGAACGUGUCAGGAACCGCGCUCUUGUCGGUGUUACUGCUGCUUUUGCACUUGCCAAUGCCAUGUCUCUCCCCGGUCUAGACCUCACACAACCGUCGGCAGACAACCAAUUUGCGCCCGCACCGCCGACCCAAAUCAGCCUGUCGAAGGGUUCCGAGUGGAGAUUUGAGGUUGCUUUCGGCACAGUUAUUCGAGUCAAGAAUGCGGGUAAGACGAGUGUUGCGAAGAUCCUGACAGCAUAUGCUACGAAGGUGGAGAGGCAGCCUAUCGUUGUCAACUUGGAUCCAACCGAGGGCAUGCUUAGUGUCCCCGGGACAUUGACGGCUACGGCGUUCCGCACGAUGAUGGAUGUUGAGGAGGGAUGGGGGAGCAGUCCUAUGUCUGGGCCCAGUGCUGUUCCUGUGAAGCUGCCUUUGGUUUACUUUUACCCGAUGCAGAAUCCACUGGAGGCGGAGGGGUCUGUUUACCGGCCUAUUGUGUCGCGGCUGGCGCUGUCGGUGAUGGGACGCAUGGCGGAGGAUGAGGAGGCUAGGGAAACAGGUAUUAUUGUGGACACGCCGGGGGCUUUAAGUCAGGGUAAACCUGGAAGUCUCGAGAUGAUCAACCACAUCGUGACGGAGUUUUCGAUUACUACUAUCCUUGUCAUUGGCUCGGAACGACUAUAUAGCCUCAUGAUGAAGAACUACGAUAACAAGCCGACGUCGAGCGCUUCUGCCGUCGCCUCGGAUGAGCGCAUCACAGUUGUGAAGCUCUCUAAAUCCGGUGGAUGUGUCGAUCGCGACGCAGCAUUUAUGAAGGGAGUACGCGAGUCCCAAAUCCGAACAUACUUCUUUGGAAACCCUAUCCCGUCCACUGCGUCUGCCGCUCUUUCGCUCUCAGCAUCGUCCACUACAAACGUAACGCUAUCCCCACACGCCCAACAGCUUGAUUUCAACACGCUGGGUAUCUACAAUUAUACUAUCGCAUCGCUAGAGGAAGACGAAGAUGAGUAUGAUCCGUCUCAACUCGGAGCUGGUGACUCGUUCCUCCCCGGGGGAGGUAACGACGCUGAGGUCAACCAGACCCCGCAAGAUGAGCCUGCUCGAGCUACACCUUUGCCCGGUAUAAUUUCCAGCAUCGAGAGCACUACCCCAGCCGUGGCCUCCAAUGUCCCGUUGAAGAAAGUCUCGCCCCCUGCACCAUCCACACUCGCCAAUUCUCUUAUCGCUAUCACCAACGCACCUACCACAGCCAGUGCGGCCGAGGUGCGAGACGCCAGUAUAAUGGGCUUCCUGUACGUGGCUGAAGUGGAUAGCGAGAAGGGCAAGAUUCGUGCUCUGGCUCCGGUGGGCGGACGUGUGCCCCCGCGGGCAAUCGUCUGGGGAAAGAAGUGGCCCGGAGAGGUGGUGGGAUUGGUUGGAUAA